AUGUCGUACAACUCUGGACGUAUGCCGCCGAAGGCAUCGUCUGCAGAUUCAUCACAUCCGCCGUCCAACUCUGGCAUCCCUAAUGCAUCUCGGUUUCAAAGAUCUCCACUGGCAAGGCCAGUCAAUUCUACUCCUCGAGGUCGCGCAUCAUCUUUCUCCAGUGCAGAGGGGAGUAGACAGAUCCCCGCACCGGCACCAUCUAACAAUCGUUCAAAACGACUGUCAUUGCUACCGCGGCCCAGUACUGGCGGUUUGACAUUCCAAAUUCCUCCGUCGACGCCAUCGCCUCAAACCCCAGUCCAACCUAUUCCACCCUCUGUCUCCACUCUAGAUAUCACGAACCCGUCAGCAUUUGUGCCAAUUAGGCCCAGCUACCAAGCGAAACCACCACCGGCUAAGAGGACCCGAAAUGUCCUGCGCAGAAAGGCGCCGUUGAUAGGAAAGCAUGUGGAGCAGAGCCAAGCCCAGAAGCUCAGUCUGGUGAUCCCGCAAGAAAGCCAACCGAACGAAAUGAAGGAUCCUAGGUUACAUUCUACACCAGAUGCAUACUCAGCUGGGCCGUCAGCCUCGGCAUCUUCACAAAGUUCGAGUGACAAGACGCCGAAAAGUGCCAUGGAAACGCCCAAGACUGGCCCGGCAGAAUUGGCUAGCCUCCGUACUGUCAAUACUCAGAACCUUCCUCCCACACAUUCCUUUCCAUCCGCAAGCAGCCCUUCGACAAGGUACUCUGAGUCCCCGGGCAUGUGGAGUCGUGGUUCAACGCCGACCUCAUUGUCCUCAUACUCACCGGGGCUUAUGCACUCAAGCAAAAUUGGACGUUUAAGACAGCCUAGCCCAUCCCACACUAGACUGCCAUUUUUCUCGCCGCCUUCUUCACAUGCAAGUCCUCAAAGUGCACAGAGUGAUCGACGAGAGCCCAAAACACACCGGACAGCACUUCCUCAACGGUCUCUCGGCCCAAGUCCAGUGGCAUCCACCGCACCGAAACAAAUACCCAAGCCUGUUGCUACAAAGACCCCAGGUCCUCCCCACAGCCCGCCUCCAAGAAAGUCGUCCGUGAACUUUAGUCCGAAGGACUCUCCGUCCAAAGACUCUGACAUUGAUGUAGAAAAGGCCAGAAAGGAAGUCGAGGAAGCCGAGCGAGAACUCUUCAACGUGCAUAAAAGAAGGAUUGUCAACCCCACAGCCCUCGAGGCUAGUGUGCCAAAAACACCACCACGACCAAGCCGAGAUGGCACCCAUCGGUUGAAUUUGGAGACAUCACCAGUGAUUCAAAGCAAUCUGCCAUACCUUAAGACCACGGGCCACAAGAGACGGGAAUCUAUGGAAAGAGCUCUUACGGCGGCUCAGCCCUACCCAACUGCAAACCCUUCUGCUGCCACUUCAGUGGACACUUUUCGAUCCAAGGACAUAUCUCGAAUUCCAUCGCGCGAAGCAGGGUCCCCGGUAAUGACUCGCAAAUCGCCUAAGUUGGUCAAGGACCCCCCUAAAGUAGCUACCAAGGAGAAUAGUGAGCCGAAAAAGCCCAUCACACCCAAGCGAUUUGGCCUUUUCCCCAAAAAAUCGAAACCAGAAAUGGAAAGCAACACUGGUGAACAGAAUCGACCACCAGUACGCAAGGGUCCAGUAGCAGGGACUGGUCAUGAAGGAUACGGGAAAUACAGCCAGCGCGGGAGAAAAGCGAGUGCAAGCAGUAGCAGCGGUGCCAGGACCCGAUCAACGAGUACAACCCGAAGCGCACCGCGAUCAAUUGCUAGUAGUAAAGGAAGUAUGUCAAGUCGCCCGGAUCUGGAACUCGACGAUUUUCUCUCAAGUCGCCUUGAGCCAGUGAUCAUCAGCGGUGGUGGAUCGACCCUUUCACGAACCCAAAGCGAACAGAGCAUGAGCAGCCUUAGUGUUGCAUCAUCAAGCCUGCAUCGUCCGACUCCUCUCACAGUUUCUACUGUUCAAUCUACGGAUUCCUUGGUGACAACCUCGACAGAUAUUCUGAAUGAGGCGAAGCUGCCUACUGCAUCGAGCACUACCUUAUCAUCGGCUCGGAGCCAGAGUCUAGAAAGAAAACCCGAGGUCACUGAUCGUCCGCAACCACCAAAGUCGCGCAUGCCAGUGGCCAAAGGGAAGAAGCGUGAGGUGUAUAUAAAUCCAGAAGCCGGUCAGACUCAAACAUCUCUAUCGAGUGCUGCAUCAACAACACUUCCUGUCCAGAUCCCAAAAAGCACCGCCGGCUCGUCGAAUCAGCAACAACCAGCGACCACGAAAGAGAGUCAGCAAGUCAACAAGAAAGAGAAAAAUUCUAGGUGGAAUCUAUUCCAAAGAAACCGCUCUGAACCGCCUAAAGCCCCUGCUCCUGAGCCUACAUCGGUUUCCCACACUGCCCAGCUCCAUGCAGCGAUCUCACCAGCGCCGAAGACCCGACCUGUUGCCCACUAUGCACUAGUGGAUGCCGACUCCGAUGAACUUGACGACAUAAUCAAUAAUAUCGAGCACUCGCCACCUACAGAAGAGGAAAUCUUCGUACCAGCGGUAGAGGUACCAGCAAGCCUGAAUAUUAGAAAAAGACAUCCGUCCGUCUUACUACCUUCGCCACCGAAGAUGCAUGGCGAGUUUGAGAAGGAAGGACAUUCUUCCCCGAAGACCGCAAUGUUCAAUCGCAAUCUGAUGGAUCUGGACUCUGAAAGUAGCCCUGAGGAUCGCCGACCUAGACGACUGGCUUCUGUGGGUCGCAUCCCUAAAGUUGUUUCUAGGCGCGAUAGACAACAUACACCGGCCACUCGAUCAUUCUCUCGUCCAUUCAGUGUCGUUGAAUCACCGCCAUCGGUACCAGCCUAUAGACAGCAAGGUCCACAUGACUAUCCAAGCUUUACCGACUCUCCUUGGAAGCAACAAGCGGACAUUCCAUCGAGCCAGCCGCCUGAUUGGGGAUAUAAUUACACACAAGGCUUUAGUGCACCUGCGACGGUUAGCGCCUUGAACUUUCUUGCUGGACCUUAUUCGGCUCACGAGUUUAUCCAUUUUUCGCCACAAAAGAGCUCUCCAUCCUCAAGCAGCCCUCUGGAAGCAGUGACAGCUGUAGUUCCCAAGCCAGAAACAGCCCCUAUGGAAGAUGAGAUCUGGAAGGAGUAUGAUGAUUUGAUUGAUGUCCUUUCCCCAGAUGAAUCAAAGCCAGAUGAACCUAACAAGCCAGAGGAUGAUGAGAGGUUUCAAUUCGCCACUAUGGCGAGCAGAGCUCUCCAGGACGAAUUGAACAAUCCAAACUCCCUUCACCCCGGCCCCUCUGCAUCUGGUGAAGCAUCAAUUCGGUCCAGUAGCGAUUCGGUUCGUCUGCGUCGUUCUAGAAUUGCGUCUGCUUUGCAUUAUUCACUCUCUCCAUCAACUCAACCGUCGUACAGUAACCUCAUUGCCAGCUACGGAGAGAACGAGGAGCCUCGGAGCCCAGAACAUCCUGUGCAGUCUCCCCAAGGCAAGUUCCAAGAGCAGCAAUCGACAUUUCUUCAGUCUCUAGCCGCAGCUUCCAGUCCUGAACCCAAAUCUCGCGAUGAUCGCAAAUCCAUACCGGGCUCAUCAGAGCGAGCUUGGGACGCUGUGACCCGUACUAAUAUGCGAUCUGCUUCGUUAAUGACCAGCCGCUGGCUAUCAUUCGGGCGUGUCCUUUUCAGCCCUGCACACAACCACGUCAAGACCGGAACACAUGGAAGAAUCCUUGUGAUUGAUGGACUCGGGAACGACGAUUGGUCUUUCUAUUGCUCGUUGACUUACCCCGAUGCCGAGGUAUACAGCUUGAGCGGUCGACCAGUCUCUACAGCGAUGCCCCAUCCAGCUGCAUGGCAGCCUCCUACCAACCACCACACGGUCUAUCACGCCGGUCUGCAAAACCCUCUGCCGUUUCCCAAAGACUACUUCGCCGCGACCGUUUUGCGAUUUCCUGCAGCAAGCCCCGAGGCGAUGCAGAAUAACAUUAUUCAGGAAUGUAAACGUGUUCUUCGCGCCGGCGGUUACCUGGAAAUGAGUCUCCUAGACCGGGACAUGGUGAACAUGGGUCCUCGCACCCGUAAAGCCGUCCGACGACUCAAGGAAAUGACCUGCCUCGCCAACCCAGCCAUUAGCCUCAAGCCUAGCAGCGAUAAUGUUCAGCGUCUACUAGGCACGCAGGGCUUUGACAAUCUCCGCCGAUGCAUGGUGCGAAUCCCGGUUGCAGGCAUGGUCGUUCGAUCCUCCGACUCAACUACUUCUUCAUCGAACAAAUCCUUCUUGGCAACAGCAACAACUUCCUCAACCGGAUUCUCUCUCCCAGCUAUCUCAGUUACUGGAACGACGGGUAGCCAGAGCACCCGAACGGCUUCAAAAUCGUCGCCUUCGGAUGACACCAGUGUCUCUCUGGGGGAUCUUUUGUCAGACCCUUCACCCUCCGCCGCUAAUGACGAGUCAAUCGCCAAGAUUGUGGCACGUGUCGGUCGGUGGUGGUAUACGAAGUGCUACGAGGAUCCUGUGCUCCCCGACACCGGGGACAAUGAUCCGGGCAUGUGGAACGACCGCAAGGUUCUUCGCGAAUGUCAGCAACGUGGAACUGGAUUCCGUAUGUUGAUUGCAUAUGCACAGAAGCCGAGUGAGGUUAAGAGACGCACCGCCAGCGUCUAA